AUGCUUGAUCCAUCAACUCUGUUUGAGAACAACCCUAAUGAGCGGCUUUAUUUUGAAAGAAAUACACUAGUCUUUGCCAUAUUUCUAUCGCGACCAUAUGAUACUAAGGCAGAACAUAUUUCUGCACUAAAGGAGUUUGAAAGCUACCUUUCAACAGAUUUGAGGCCAUUUAUAGAGUAUUACCCGUGGUAUUUAAAGCCUGUUAGCUUUAAGUUGGUGUCUGAUUUUAGAGACCACAGUUUUUUGUACGGAGAACUUGAGUACGGCGACUACAUACCGGAUUUAUGGCUUCUAACAUCAAUUCUUUUCGGUUUCAGUUCAAGGGAUCCUAAUUUGUACAUCCGAGUGUUUGAUCAAGAUGGCGAAUUUCUGCUUAUUGAGGGUGCUUCCCAACUACCAGCCUGGUUAGCUAGUGAAAAUGUUGCAGCCAACAGAGUUUGGAUUAACGAUCAAAGUAUUAAGGUCAUCCCAUCCGAUUUUCACCCAGAAGAUUCGAUAACACUAGAAAAUGCGUUGGAUUUCAUAAGCAAAAGAUCCUUCAAGAUUGCCAAGCUCUUUGAUCUCACUGAACUCCUAUCGGAUAAAUUACAGACAACUGCAUUAGAAGAUUCACUUCAUAACAUAUUUGAGGAAAGGGUGUCUGUGAGUGAGAAGAUGUUCAAACUGAUAGCACGAAAUAAAGCGUAUCUCAGUAACGCUGCCCUUAACUACCACCUAGAGCAGGGGUUGCCUGAUCUGUACAAACUUGGGAGUAAAGCACUUGGAGAUGAUUAUUACGUUGAUAACACACACAAAUCGGUGAUUGUGAACAUUCGAGUCUCCUUGCUAGCACAUGUUUACUUUAAAAAGUACGGUGGUGAUGCGCAGAAGAAUGGACAACUGUUAACACAUUUGGUGGAUAUGUUCAUAGCAGAAAAUAAGGAGAGUGAUGAUAUUAAAACAGACAUAGGAGUAUUCAAGGGUAGUGUUGGAAAGUAUAACAAGGCGGUGGAUGAGGAUCCACUCCAAAGAGAACUCGUGAGAUAUAAUGUGAUUGAGAAAUGUGUGAAGUCGAUUGAGCCCAAUCUAGACGAUAUAGAAAUGCCGGGGAAAGUUAAAGUGGACAACCCGGAAGAAAUGUUGAGCAAGAUCAAGAAGUAUGUGAAUGAAGAUGAUGAUGGUAGUGCUGAUGAAGAUGACUGUUCCAAUACAGAUGAAAAUGUAAAGAAGAUGUUCAAAGAGGAAGGUGUCAGCAUUGAUGAGGAUGACUUUUUUGAAUUUUUCUGCAAAGAAGCACUCAGUUUGAAACCUGAAGAUUUAGAGAAGAUGAGGCGGUCGGAAGGCGAAGAGGGGCCGGUUGAUGAGGAAAAAAAUACUUUUGGUGAUAAUUAUGACGACCGGAAUGAUUCUGUUGGGGAUGUUAGAGAUGUAGAUGAUGAUGAUAUGGAUGUUGAAAUGAUAACAAAUUUAUUAAAGUCGUUAAAAGCUGAGGAUGGAGUGUCUGGUCCAGUUUCGUCACUUCUUCGGCAAAUCGGUAUUGAUGAGAAUGAGUUGUAG